AUGUUGACUGGUAUUGCCCCAGACCAAGUGACCAGAAUGAUCACCGGUGUUCCAUGGUACUCCAGCAGAUUAAAGCCAGCCAUCUCCAGUGCUCUAUCCAAGGACGGUAUCUACACUAUCGCAAACUAG